CUUUUUUUAAAUCGCCGUUGUUGCAGAGAGACAUAAGCCCAAAAAGCACGAAAACAAAAACACAGUAAAAGAGAGUCUGAGAGAUUGGUCGGGAGUAAGAAAGUUUUAAUUGUCUCCUGUCUCCUGAAUCGCGGCCACUUCGCCGUCAAAAAGAUCUCAGAGAUUCUCAUUGGGCCGCCAUUGAUGAACCCAACCACUCACUCUGAGACAUAACGUGAAUGUUCUGUCUUAUUUUUAUAUCUUCCUCUCACUCACACGGAGAAGAAACUUGAAAAUCAAAUCAAACCCGAGACCCAAUUCCUCGUCGGCUAUCAGAAUUUGACUUCUUUGUUGAGUCAUUGCUUCUUACGAAGACAAAGGUUUUAAACAUUUGAGGGAUUUACGGUCCGUGAACCGCGUUGAGGCUACAAGAAGAAAGCUUUUCAGUUUUUGUUCAAGUUGUGAUUGAAAUGAUGAGUGUUGAAAGAAGUGAAGUUGUUGAUGAUGUGUUCUUUGAUUCAUCUGAUGUUUUGUCUAUUGGUGAACAAGUAAAAGAAGAAGAAGAAGAAGCAGAGUUUCAAGUUUGGUCAGGUGAGCCUGUUAGUGUUGAGGAACGUCGUGUACGGUUUCUCAAGAAAAUGGGUUUAUUAGAAGAGAGAUUUGAGUCUAUGUAUUUGGAGAGGAUGAUAAGUGAUUACAGCGAUGAGGUUACUACUAGUUCUUCUUCAGAUUCAUAUCUCUGUGAUAGUGAAUUGCAGUGUUGUGUUAGAGAGGAGAAUUAUGGAUCAACCACUUCGAUGUCUGAUGAGGAACUAGAAGGAGAGGAUGAUGAUGAGUCAGAAGAAAACUCAACCGAUGUUUGUUCGAGUCCAUCACGGAGUUUCAGCAAGAAAAGCGCGAAGAAAUGGUUUUUCAAUUGCUUUGUAGGAGUGAAGGAUAAAGAUUUCAAAUACAAAUCAAGUGAAGCGACGAUGAGUAAAGUGAAAGUGAAGACUAAUAAGAAGAGUCAUGUAGAGUUAUCUGCAGCUUACAUGGUGCAAAAGAUUAAUGGACACAAAGGGAAAAUUUGGGUAUUGAAGUUUAGUCCUGAUGGUAAGUUCUUAGCAACCGGAGGCGAAGAUGGAGUUGUAAAGAUAUGGCGAAUCACGCUAUCCGAUUCUCUACUCGCCUCUUUUAUGCGACAACAAGAACCAAAUAACCAACAAGAAGCAUUGGUUAUCUUUCCUCAGAAAGCUUUUCAUAUUGGAACACCGUUUCAAGAACUUUAUGGUCACACCGGAGAUGUUUUGGACUUAGCAUGGUCAGACUCAAAUUUGCUUCUUUCAGCUUCUAAAGACAAGACAGCCCGGUUAUGGAGAAUUGGUUGUGAUCAAUGUCUUCAUGUCUUCCAUCAUAACAACUAUGUGACUUGCGUUGAAUUCAAUCCUGUGAAUAAGAACAACUUCUUAAGUGGAUCUAUCGAUGGAAAAGCUCGAAUCUGGGGUUUAUCGGAAGAGAGAGUCGUCGCGUGGACCGAUGUUCGUGAUUCCAUUUCUGCAAUCUGUUACCAACCAAACGGAAAUGGGUUUGUCGUUGGUUGCAUCACUGGGAACUGUAGGUUCUAUCAAAUCUCAGGUAACGAUGUGAUAAUGGAUGAGCAGAUUCUUAGCCGGGGACGGAAUAACAUCACCGCCGUGGAGUUUUGUCCUGGAAGCUCGGAGAAACUUAUGGUAUCUACCGACGAGUCGAAAGUUCGAAUAUUUAAUAAAACACAAAUCUUUCACAAAUUUAAAGCUCCAUCGAAAUAUGGGAAACAAUCGUCGGCGUCGUUUGUUUCUUCCACCGGAAAACAUAUUUUAUCAGUCCGACGAGGUCUCGGAGUUUAUCUUUGGAACAACGAUGGUUUUCCGUCGAGGAAAGGCGCGAAAUCGUCGCGUUCUUUCGAGUAUUUUCAUUCGCCGGGUGUUUCCGCGGCGGCGGCUUGGACUCCACCGGGAGCAAAAGUAUCGAAAACGGCCGGAGAUGAUGAAGAAUCACGGCGAGCUCUGAGACAAAUACAGAGCUCCGGGAAAUUGUCUCGUUCCUGCCGUGUUACCGCCACGUGGCCGGUGGAGAAGCUCUUGAUGAGUAGUUCUGAUGUAGGAAUUUACGAUAAUACCAUCCCGUGGAGACUGGUGAUCGUGACGGCGAGCUUGGAUGGGAUGAUUAGGACAUUCCAUAACUAUGGACUGCCACGUAGAUUGUAGAGGUUGAUAUUUUAUUUUGUUUUAAAUAGGAUAUAAAAAUGAAAAUAAGAGAAAUUAUUUUUUUUUGUUUUGUUGUCUAAAUAUAUGUAGAUUUUCUUAGUAUCAAGAAAUAGAGUUUUCUGUUUCUUCA